CGGGCGCGGCGCGGAGGACGUUAGCCCGCGACCGGCCGCCGCGACGUACGUGUGUUGCAUCGCGCUCCGCAGUUCCGCAGCCGUGGCAGUGCCGUGAUGUUCACGCCGUGAUACACUUUCUCAUGUGUGCUUAACUUUCUUCCUACUCAAGUGAUAUUCUUCAAGUUUCGCAAUGGGUGAAUCGCUGCUGAAAGAGGAUCCCCUCUCUAGGAUCCAAAGAGAGAUUAUUGAAGUCACUGAAAGAGAGCGUGAGUUCAAAGAGGGGCAUUUUAGGAUAAACCGACUUUUCUCUGAGUCCACGAUCGACACAAACAAACAAAAUGGCCAUAUGAACGGAGAUACUGACGACAAGCUUCCGCGAUCUUUGAACAGGGCGGUGUCCACUUCGCAGUUGAUGGGUCCGGUGACUUAUUCACCACCUGUCGCCGCGCCUGCUCCCCUACUUAACACCAACGGCUACACUCGUCGCUUCACGCCGCAGAGCGGCACCAAGGGCAUUAUGCAGAGGUUCAUCGCCAACAAGGGCAAACUGCCAGCACCCUCGCCAGUAGUAGCCGCCUCGCCGGUCGCGCUGGCUGCCCCGCCCGUCUUCACGCCGAAUCCUGUCGUGACGCCUCCUGCUCUCGCGACGCCGGCGAUUAACCGCACGCCCGAAGGAAAGCCACUUCGUAAAGGAUACGUUCCUGUGGAGGAAAAAAUACAAAAGGAAUUAAGAGAGAUGAAAGAUAGAGAGCAUGAGCUGAAGCGCAUGCGGAAAAAACAAAAGCCUUUUGACAUUGAUCUAAGCGACAAUGAAACGAGUUCGGAAUCUGAUGAUGAGGAAAUUCCUUUGCCGGGCAAGCUUAGGGUGACCAAAUCGAUCGGCGAGUUGUACGAGGCCCUAACGGAUGAAUUGCGUUCACCGUCACCUAAAAAUAGCUCAGGACACGAAUCCCUGGGUAGCCUGAAGCCGGCCAAGUCUCUGGCUGAGCUUUGUCAACUGGCGCCGGGACAGGAGUUCCUCGCUCCGAGCUCAACGCGCCUCAUCGCGCAGUGGGAGUCUAUCAUCCAGCAGAAACAAGAGGCUGGUGCAGCUUAGAACAGCAUUUAAGAAUUGAUACAAACAAAAAAGGAUAAUUAAUAAAAAGUUUUGGGUUUCAAACGCAGAAGCCGUUGCAUAACUCGAUGUCCAAAGUCAGUUGUUUCGGCUACGACCGUGAGAAAUAUAACUUAUUAAGUUAGGUCAGGCAGGCGAUCGCGCGGUGUGAGUGUACUAAAUAAACUCGAGGAGUUGCAGUGUGAAAAAUUGAUAAAGCAGUGGUGCCGUCGCGUCGUCACUGGGGUGAUCUCGUCUAGAUCGGCUGACGAGUCAAUCGCGAUCGAUUUCUUGCGGUACUCAUCGAUCGCACAGCAAUUAAUUUUCUCCAGAUUGCGAACAAUGCAAAUGAUGGUUAUCCGUAACGGCAAUUACCUCGAGCAUGCGCUGUUGGAAAGCGGCCGAUAUUUGCUGCGAACUCAUCUCCCGAUUGUGAGUAAAACAGUUUCUUCCUAUUGUUCAACGCUCCGGUAGCUUGCUGAAAAACUUGGUAGAUUUUGCCGGCGGAGCGCCGGCGUCGCCCGCCUCUGGCGCUUUCCCGCGCUGCGCCGCGAGUUGUAUCGGAUGUCCCACACAUGCGCUUCCAUUGUAUCAUUCUUUGGGAAAAUUCUCAACGGAUACAAAAACUUAAUUAAUUGCAACUUGGAGCUGGUCCUGUCGGUUGCUGUAAUUUACAUUUUUCGGUUUAUCAGAGCACCUGUUUUGGAUCGAGACGAUUACGAAACGCAGCGAAUGUACUGCAUUCUGUCUAAAUGAGACUCGUAUGAUGUCGGUGAGAAUACCCGCGGCCGCGGCCGGCGCCUGUACAUACUUUCGUUGAUUGCAUUCAUCACGCCUCAUGGUUACAAAUUUUUUGAAACAACUCUUUCUCGUGUUAGCUAAAUAUGCUGUGAUGAACCGAUGAGUACUUAUACGACUUAUACAUUUAUUUACGUACUCGUCAAAAAGUUGUGCCUUCAAAAGCAAUUUACCUCAACGUCUGGCUGCGGCCUGCUGUGGACAUUUUGUGAGCUGAAUCAAAAGACGUAGCUCCUGUUUGUUUAGACUGAUGUAAGCGUAGGACGGGUGGUCUUUGCCAGAGUAAAGCAACUGAUGGCUUCGAAGCUGGACUUCGAGAGUUCAAUGUUUACUAUUUAUUGUACUGAAACGUAUGUCGUUAAUUAUCUUGUUGUUAAAGUUGUGUAGUUUAAGAUAGAUAUAUGAUAUUUAUAUGAACGAGUUAAAUCUUAACACAAUACAAAUUGUUAUAAUCUACAAAAGCAAAAUUAUUGAAAUUUUGAACAGUAGACGUAUCAAAGAGUGUGCCUUAUUUUGGUGCACGUAGCGAGUAGUUAACAGAGGAGUGCUGUAACACAACGACGAUGCGCGAUGUCGCGAUGUCGCGACGGAGACAAAGCCAUGUGAGUGACAAACGUGGCGUAGAGACUUAGCGCGGUGAUUAGUUUUAAAAGAAACUACUACCUAAUUUCGGUAGUAAUUUUUAUUAUUUUACUUAAAUAACAGUUAAUUCGAGUGGAUUAUCGUCGAAUAUUAAAUAAUAUUUCGGGUUACUACACCCGAAUGUUAAAUAAUAUUAUGUGACGACGCAUUUAAAUAAUAAAAUUACCACGGAAAUAAUAUGGAGAAAACAGAACUGAAAACUACGCUAAAAUGUUAUUUGUAUCGUCUAUGCGACUUGACGAAAGCCAUAACUUGUUCUAUUUCGUUCGCGACAUGGCGAUCUCCACUCAAAGGUUUGACAAGAACGAGCAGAGUGGCGUUGUGGUCGGAUACUUCAGUUGUGCGACUGGUCUCCUCUUAGUAACACGUAGUAAGAAGAACGUCACACGUCACUAGUAACUAAUGUAUGUAAAUAAUAAUUUAUUUGUUAGUAAAACACUACAAACUAUUUUCUUAGCAUAAUACUAAAUUAGUCAAUUUGAUUUAAUUGUAGUGGAUGGAGUAGAGCGAAAUAAUGAUUGAGAUUCAUACAGAUAUUGAGAUGAAUAAUAAUGUCUGCAUGGUUGGUAAGGAAGGUUGUUGCGGUGCUAUUGGGGACCGCCGCCGCCCGCCGCCGCC